UGAUCUCUGGUCUUCUCUUUCUGCUGGGAAUUAUCAUAUUGAUCAGACUGUAUCUGAUACUGAGUAGUUCAAUAUGUACCAGUAAAGUUUGCUUAGUAGGAAAAACAGCUCUAGUAACCGGUGGUAGCUCAGGAAUUGGUUAUCAGACGGUUCUAGGACUUGCUGCACGAGGAUGCAGAGUUAUUGUAGCUGAUAAAAAUAUCGACGAAGAAAUACAAAGAGCAAUGAUGAAGGAGACCAACAAUCCGAAUAUCAUAAUGCAGUAUGUUGAUUUGGCUUCAUUUGAAUCUGUUAGAGAGCUGGUGAACAGAUUGACUGCGUCGGAAGAUAAACUAGAUAUCCUGAUAAACAAUGCUGGAAUAGGAAGAGGUCCUAACAUUUUGUCUGAAGAUAAUUUAGAUGUUACCUGGCAAAUAAACUAUUUCAGCGCCUUUCUCCUGACGCAUCUGCUGGUUGAACUCUUGAAGAAAUCUACAUCCGGCCGAAUAGUCUUCACUAGUUCCAUUUUAUCCCACAUGCAUAGCUUGUCUUUGAAGAACAUAACUGCCAAUGGAAUAAAAUCUUCUGACUGCACACAUCUCUACCAAGAUACCAAAGUAGCACUUAUCAUUGCCUCGGAUAUAUUCGCAAUGAAAUUGAAUGAUUUCAAUAUCACCUCUAACGUGUAUCAUCCUGGAGUGGCGAAAACGGCUAUCUUCGAGAAAACCCAGCGUUACAUGAGAGGAUUUGAGGACAUGAAAACGAUGUGUUUUGUUCGUUUAUUGCUUUUCUUCUUUGGUCAGAGUCCUGAACAGGCGGCGCAAACAGCCCUUCACCUUGCUGUUUCCCGGGAAGUCGAAAACAUAACCGGACGUUUCUUUGGACGAUUAUCUGAGACUUGGAAACCUCGCAUUUGCAAGGACAAGACUUUUUGCGAGAAAAUAUGGACAUCCUCAGAAACAAUGAUCAAACUGAAACCUGAUGAAAGAUUGUAAUAUAUUUCAGAUACCAGUUCUUUUUCAUUCAGACGAACAAAUGACUAUAUACCUCCUGUCAAUAUCAUCC